AUGCCAGAGUUGCUCAAUUACUUUAAGGAGUAUGCUAGUGUCCAAGAGGAAAUUGUACGUCAACAGGCGAGGCUCCAGCAAGCUGUUGGAUCAACAGCUAGAUCGAUAUCGUCUCCAACACACACUGGGCACUCAGCAAACACUCCCAGCCAGGAUUUGGAAGCUAUAACAAAGUCGUUUUUACCCGUAGGGAACGGUUCGGUUCAGGAUGUUCCUGACAUUUUAUUCCAUUAUCACCAGCAGAAUGUGACAAAUUCUUCCAAAACACUCAAGGAAAUUAGUGCCAUUAUCAUACCCAAGUUGGAAGAAUUGAGGAAGGACCUUGUUGUGAAAAUCAAGGAGAUAAAGAAUUUGCAAAACGAUUUCAAAAACAACUUGAACAAGGAACUCAAUGAAACUAAAACUUUGAUAAGUCAAUACAAUCAAGCGAUAGAAUGGGCGAACAAAUUAGACACCAACCAUAACUUGCAUCAUGCUGAUGGUGAACAAGGGAAAUAUGAUCCGUUUUUGGUGAAGACGAAAUUGGAUCGUCAAUUGAAAAGACAAUUGGUUGAGGAAAACUACCUUUACGAUGCGUACGCCAAUUUACAAAACGCCGGUAAGCAGUUGGAAGGUAUAGUUGUUACAGAGAUUCAAAGUUAUGUUUCACUGUUUCUCAAGUUGAUUAGAGAGGAAAACUCGACAUUCAGCAACUAUUUGGAGCCGAAUAUUAUGAAUGGCUUUUUGUCCAAGGAGAAUAAUUUUGAGUGGAAUGCAUUUAUCGAGAGGAAUUUGCCAUCGAACAAUCUCAGCGUCAGUGCCGUGGGUAACCAGACGACUUCCUCGGUAAAAAAUGGUACAUUCAUUGAUUUAGAUAUACCAAAAAGACAUCUUCAAGAUUUCGUAAUUCGGAACGCUGAAUCUAAUUUGAAUGUUGCUGUGCGUGAGGGUUACUUGGAACGUAGAUCAAAAUUCCUCAAAAACUAUUCCAGUGCAUGGUAUGUCUUGACUUGCUCAUUCAUCCACGAGUUCAAAUCCAAUGACAGAAAGAAAGAUCCACAUCCUGUGAUGUCUUUACCUUUGGACUCGUGCACGGUGAGCGACCAUUCGAAAGAUGACGGUAAAUCUAAUGGUGUUUAUAAGUUCAUUUUGACAUCGAAACUGGCAAAUGCUUUGAUGAACAAAACUCAUAAAUGGGUUUUUCGCACAGAUUCAUACAAAGACAUGAUCGAUUGGUUCAACGACAUCAAAAAAUUGACAAGCUUGCCUACUCCCAUUGCGAGGGCUAGAAGUUUACCUGCUAGACCAAAUAACACUGUUUCUGCGGUAAAAGCUGGAUCAAGAGCAUCAUCGAUCCGCUCUCCCACUAGAUCUUUGAGAACAGUUACCAGUAAUGCAACAAAUUUGCAAAGAACAAGCACUGGAACCUUGCAUCGUCCACUUUCUCAAGCUACAUCGAGCGCUAAUGCUAACAGGCUAUCAUCGACCUUUUCGCAAAGAAAUAAUCAGUCACCUAGACUAGCACACAUGAUAAAUAGUGAUGGAACAAUAAUCACUCCGGUUGAAACGGAUGAUGGUGUCAAGCGAAACCUCAGUCUGGCCAGUCAUACAGGGUACGAGCCUGUGAGGCAAAAUACAACUACACAACUGCAGUCAAAUUACGUGCCACAGACCCAGGCUCAAUAUCAGCAACAACAACCACCGCCAGGAAGCGCACUGCCUGCAGUGAGAUAUCAGCAGCAACCGCCUUUUCAUCAACUAAUUCCCGUAGAGCUGAUUACUAGUGGGGGUAAUCCUCAGCAAGGGCACUUCUCCAAUAAUAUUGGUACUCCUUCUAGUAGUGUACCGUACUACGUUCAAGGUGGAGCUCAGGUACAACAGUUUUAUGACCCCGUACAACAACAGUACUACACAAUCACCCCUAGUGUCCCAGUAAGUCAGCAGCAAUCUCAGAAUGGACAGCAAGUGAAUCCACAGUUUUUCCCCACAUCUCCUCGAGCAGCACCUGUACUGAUUUUAAGUACUUCCCCAGCUGCGCAGCCAUUUGGUUCCGCGUACUUUUCUCAGUUUGCUGGUAAUUCGGCUCCACAAUCGCAGCCACAGCAGCCGCAGCAGUCGCAGCCACAGCUGCAAUCGAACCAGGACCAACUGGGUCAAAAAAAUCUACAGCCCCUGGCCUUAAACGGUGAUCUCAAUCAACCUGUUGACCAUGCAAACGACGAUCUGGUAACGUACAAUGUCACUCAGAAAGGGGAUGGCUCUCUACAUCCAAACGUGCAAAGGAACUUCUCGGCAGAUGAGGUGUCUACACUAAAAAGCGCUCUAGCUGAACAAGCCCAACCUCCAUUGGCCAACGGCGAUAUCAACAUUGUUGUUGGUGAGAAUAAGUAG